AGUGGGAAGAUCUUCUUCUCUAUAUAAACCCUACUACCCCUUCCAUCUUCCUUACUCCAUCAUACACAAACACAAACACAAACUCUCUCUCUCUAUAUAUCUCUCUCCCUCUCUCUCUAAAAUGUCUUCCUCUACAACUCUCUACAUUCCAAAUGCUUCAUCUCCAGUGAUCACCUUCCCUCUCUUCCUAACCCUCCUUAUUUUCUUGUCGGCUUUCGCAUUCCUCCUCGCUCCGGGCGGGCUCGCUUGGGCGCUAUCGAAAGCCCGAUCGAAAACCACGAUUCCCGGCCCGUCCGGUAUUCCUAUACUCGGGCUAAUAUUUGCCUUCACAUCUUCCAUGACUCACAGAACCCUUGCAAAACUCUCUGUAGCAUUUAAUGCUACACAUUUAAUGGCGUUCUCCGUCGGAUUGACUCGCUUUGUUAUCUCGAGUCACCCGGAGACCGCCAAAGAGAUCCUCAACAGCUCUGCGUUCGCGGACCGGCCCGUUAAGGAGUCCGCGUACGAGCUGUUGUUUCAUAGAGCGAUGGGGUUCGCUCCAUACGGGGAAUAUUGGCGAAACCUUAGGCGGAUAUCGGCUAUUCAUAUGUUUAGCCCGAAAAGGGUAUCCGGGUCCGGAUGUUUUCGGGCUAAAACAGGGCUGAAGUUGGUGAAUCAGAUCUCUACUUCCAUGAAUUGUAAAGGGUUCGUGGAGGUGAAGAAGCUGCUUCAUUUUGCUUCGUUAAACAAUGUCAUGAUGUCGGUUUUCGGUAAAUCGUACGAUGAUUUUGGCGAAAAUGGGGGUGGAGAAGGGUAUGAGGUUGAGAAGUUGGUGAGUGAAGGAUAUGAGUUGCUCGGAAUCUUUAACUGGAGUGAUCAUUUUCCGAUCAUUUGGUGGUUUGAUCUUCAGGGAGUUAGGAGGAGGUGCAGAGAUUUGGUGUCUAGAGUUAAUGUUUACGUUGCGGGAAUCAUCGAUGAACACCGUGGGAGAAGGUCUGAGAAGGGCGGAGAUAUGGCGGAUUGCGACGGUGAUUUUGUCGAUGUUUUGCUCGAUUUGGAAUCGGAGAACAAGUUUAGCGAGUCUGACAUGAUCGCGGUUCUUUGGGAAAUGAUCUUUAGGGGAACCGAUACAGUGGCGAUUUUGUUAGAAUGGAUUUUGGCUAGGAUGGUGUUACACCCGGAUAUACAAGCAAGAGCCCAAUCCGAAAUCGAUAGUGUUGUCGGGUUGGGUCGACCCGUAUCCGAUACGGAUCUCCCAAACCUGCCUUACCUCCAUGCAAUUGUGAAAGAAACCCUACGUGUGCAUCCGCCUGGCCCACUUCUGUCAUGGGCUAGGCUCGCAAUCCACGACACCCAUGUGGGUCCACACAUGGUACCGGCCGGGACAACAGCCAUGGUCAACAUGUGGGCCAUAACCCAUGAUGCUCAAAUAUGGGCUGACCCGGAAAUGUUCAACCCAGAUAGGUUUAUGGGCCAGGAGGUUCCGAUAAUGGGUUCGGAUCUUCGUUUGGCUCCAUUUGGCGCGGGUCGGAGGGUUUGCCCCGGAAAAGCAAUGGGUUUGGCUACUGUUCAGCUUUGGCUGGCCCAAUUGCUUCAGAAUUUCAAAUGGGUCGGAUCUGUUUCCGGGUCGGAUCCUGUUGAUUUGUCCGAGUGUUUGAAAAUGUCACUUGAAAUGAAGAACCCACUGGUGUGCAAGGCUGUGGCUAGGGUUUGAUGACGUGGCAAGAGAUGUUAGUAACCAUUGUCAAGUUUACUCACUAUCAAUUAUCUUAGGCACUAGUACAAGUACAAGGGGUGAUUUCGCAAUUUCAGGAAGUUAAAGGUGUGGAUUUGAAGUAUGCAUUUUGUACACAACUUUUUGUUUGGGACAUUUUAGAUUAUAUGUAUGUAUGUGUGCUCUUAUAUAUAUGUAUGUCAUGUCAUGCCCUGCCCCUAUCAAGUUGUCUAAUGAUGAUGGUCUUGUUAUGGGAGCUCUUUGUUUAGUUCAAUUAUAUUGUUUUCUUUCUUGUGAAUUGUCUUUUUUAACCAUAAAUAGUAAUCCAUCUAUGUUUUGUACAA